AUUUUCUUCUAAUGAUUAAAAUGAUUAAAUCUUACAUUUCGCUGCGGAGGACCCUCUUUGAGCCAAUUUAGCCUCAAUAUCCUGAAAAAGUUUAGCUAAACUAUCUUGUAGCUAACGUUAGUGGAGAAAUCAUCACUGCGCGCGCUGUUUGACCGUGUCUCGUGAUAAACCCCCGACUCGGUUACAUCGGUCAUCAAACCCACUUCUCAUCAGCAGAUAUGAACUGUGUUUUGGAAGGAAGUGGUGUAAAAGCCUUUGGAAAAGCUAUUCAUGCCCUGUCCCGGAUUGGAGAUGAACUGUGGUUGGAUCCCAUGGUUAGAGGGCUGGCACUGAGAUCAGUGAAUUCUGCUCAUUCGGCAUAUGCCUGCUUCCUCUUCUCACCGCUGUUCUUCCAGCACUACAGCCUGGGAUCAGCAUCAGAGCAGAGCAGUGAAUCAAUCAAAUGCAAACUGGCCAUGAAGUCUAUUCUACCUCUUUUCCGUUGUUUGACUUCAAUUGAACGUAAUGUGGAGCGAUGUCAAAUAUCAAUCGGCACUGCCGAUGACCGAGUGAUGAUCCAGUUUUUCUGCAGGCAUGGCAUCACUAAAACCCACAACCUACGUUUUCAGGAAAGUGAGGCUCUGCAGGCAGUGUUUGCCGCACACCUCUGUCCCAAUGUGCUGAAAGCUCCUGCCAGGCUUCUAGGUGAUAUGGUGAUGCAUUUCUCUGUGUGCCAGGAGGAAAUCACUUUCUCCAUGACUCCUCAGAGAGUCACUCUGAAAAAUUACUAUGAGGGGGAAAAUGAUCACAUGAAGACUAUGUACACUGAGAUGUCCUUACACCCAGACGAGUUUGACUACUUUCAGAUCGGAGUAGAGUCGGACAUAACUUUCUGUUUGAAAGAGUUGAGGGGUUUACUGUCCUUUGCAGAGUCACAUUGCCUUCCUGUGUCUGUCCACUUCGGUGCUGCAGGAAAGCCUGUGUGCUUCUCUGUGGAGGACAUGGUCCUGGAGGCUACUGUGGUGCUGGCUACUCUGAGCGACUCUGAAAGCAAGGGCUCCUCUCAGCUUACAGGGACGCUGGCCCCUUCUACCCCCAGGUGUGCAGAUGCUGCUGUUCUACCUGUGGGUUCAUGUGAGGCAGACAGCAGUAAGGCUCAGGACAUUCCUGCUAUGAUGGAGAUGAUACCAUCCAGCCAGGGCAGCCCUAUAACCAACCUACCUGUUCUUAUGCUGCUGCAGCCUGAGACUGAUGACCCUAACGGGCGCGGUGUAGCUGAUGAGGCCUUUGCCACCGCCACCUUGACUCCUGCUUCCUCCAUGAUCUGCUCCCUCCUGUUCAGGUCCUCAGAGCAAGACGAUGAUGGUUGUGCUGCCAGACUUCCUGUUCUGGCAUGCUACAGUGACGAAGAGGCGAAUUUGGAGGAAGACUAUACAAGAAGCCCCUCCCUCUGAUAACAGGGCUGAGCUUGUGGUCGUUAAAAGUAGGCCACAACAUUUAAGUAGUCUGAAUGAUAGGAUCUUAAUGAACUUGUAUUUGACGUACUUUUAAGUUGUAUAAGCAGCAUGUCGUUUAUAGCUCAACGCUAUGGCUUUGCUUGUUUAAAUUAUUUUCAAAGUGUUAAGUUUCCUUACAAUAUUCAGUUGGAAAUUCAAGAGAAUGUAUUUAUGAUUAUUUAUCAAAUUAUUUAAGUAGCUAUAUUGUGGGAAAUGUAUUUGUAAUAGCAGGUAAAAAUACUUUUUGCUGUUGUCUUUGAAACCAUUACUUAAACAUGAAGACACCACACCUGUCUGUUGAUGGUAACCGGUAGUAUGCCGGAUGUCUGAGGAAUGUGGGAGUACACACAUAAAUCGUACAAGGCGUUCUUAAGCAUUAUCUUUUUCAAGCCUGGAGCCUGAGUUCAGGGAGGUAAAACACACUGGAUGCAGAGCUGUGUGAUAAUUGGUGGAUGUGAAAAUACAGCCCUAGAGGGAUCCAGCAUAGAAGUAAACGCCUCUGCAAUGUAUUGUUCAAUACUCAAGCAUGCCAAAUAGUGUUCUGAUCUAACACCAAUUGCCGGUUUGUGCUCAUAUCACAGUCAUCUAAUACACAAGAACAAUAAAUACUAUACUCUUUAUUUAAAUAUUGUACAGACUUGAAGAUUUUUUUUUUUUUUUUUUACAGAGCUUAGAUCUUCAUUGAACUGUACACCCAAAAUAUAUACAGACGCAUGCUCUGGUUGUAACAAAGGGUUUGGAGGAGGACUAUGAGAGGUGACAGGGCAGGUAUGAGUCAGGAAACAGGAACCACAACACUAACAGUGGCAGUUCCAUCUGACUGAGAGAAUUGCUUUGUAAUAUUGUUAAGGCUGCUUAGAUUGUCCUCAGUGCUAGAACACUUCAAACUCACAUUUCGAUCAAUCGCUGCUCUUCCAUGCCUAUUU